AUGGCUCCUUGUAUUUUCUCAGCUGCUUUUGAGGAUGACGAUAAGAUCGUAGGAGGUUACACCUGCUCUGCUUACUCCGUCCCCUACGCAGUAUCUCUGAACUCCGGCUACCACUUCUGUGGAGGUACUUUGAUCACCAGCCUCUGGGUGAUCUCUGCUGCCCAUUGCUACAAGGCGAGCAUGCAGGUCAGACUGGGAGAACACAACAUCUUUUCCAGUGAAGGCACCGAACAGUUCAUCAACUCCGCCAGAGUCAUCAGACAUGGAAGCUACAACUCCAGAACCCUGGACAAUGACAUCAUGUUGAUCAAGUUGGCCUCUCCCGCCACCCUCAACUCUUACGUCAAGACUGUUGGUCUGCCCGGUGGCUGCGCCGCUUCUGGAACCAGCUGUCUGAUCUCUGGAUGGGGCAACACCCUCAGCAGUGGAACAAACAUGCCCAGCCUCCUGCAGUGCCUGAACGCCCCCAUCCUGACUGCCGCCCAGUGUAGCAGCGCCUACCCAGGAGAGAUCACCACCAACAUGAUCUGUGUUGGAUACAUGGAAGGAGGCCAGGAUUCCUGCCAGGGUGACUCUGGUGGACCCGUGGUCUGCAAUGGACAGCUCCAAGGUAUUGUUUCUUGGGGAUAUGGCUGUGCCCUCAGGAACUAUCCUGGUGUCUACACCAAGGUCUGCAACUACAACUCCUGGAUCUCCAGCACCAUGGCUGCCAACUAAUCUUUCUCUGUGUUUCUUGUCAUUUGUUGCUCUGUUACUGAAGA